ACGGCCACGGCUGGGAUGCUGGUGCGCAAAGCGGCGGACUAUGUCUGGAGCAAGGAUUUCUGGCACUAUCUCAUGAGUAUGCACUUCUGGGACCCAGUUGCGAACUGGGGUCUCCCCAUUGCUGCUAUCAAUGACAUGAAGAAGUCUCCAGAGAUUAUCAGUGGGCGGAUGACCUUUGCCCUCUGUUGCUAUUCUUUGACAUUCAUGAGAUUUGCCUACAAGGUACAACCUCGAAACUGGCUUCUGUUUGCCUGCCAUGUAAUAAAUGAAGUAGCUCAGCUCCUUCAGGGAGGACGGCUUAUCAACUAUGAGACGAGUAAGAAGGCCUCUGCGUAGCAGUGCACGGACCAGCUCUUAAAGGGACAGCGCCCAGCCACUGCUGCCAAGCCACAGAUCGCAUCAGCACACAUGGUCUUGCUGAGGGGAAAACACGAAAGCUAUCUUUAAUUACCAUGCCAACAUUAUAGACUAGCCGGGAGUUCCUAAGCCAACUCUUUGCUGCCUUAUCACUGCUAAAAUAUAUUUGUCUUCAUCAAGCGUAGUUCAAAAUAUGCAACUAAUUCA